GUUUGAUGAUUUCCUCUGUUGUGUCUAAUAAGGGAACAGUGAGUGUCAUUGGCAGCUGUGAGUCUCUCUCUCUCUUUAGGGGGCUGACAGGAGCCAGUUUCUUCAGUGUGUUUGAGGAGCAGACGAGAAACUUGUGCUGUGCUCUGAGUUGAUGAAGUAGUGUGUGUCGAGCUGAAGGAGAAGAUGGAGAACUGUCUGAUGCUGAUGUUUCUGUGUUAUAUGAUAAAACUCAUCACCUCUGACAGUGUGAAUGUGAGGUUGGUGAAUGGUAAUAUUCCCUGUGCUGGUCGAGUGGAGGUUUAUAAUGAUGGUCAGUGGGGAACAGUGUGUCAUUAUUGGUGGGAUAUGACUGAUGCUGCAGUGGCGUGUAGAGAGCUGGACUGUGGGACGGCUGUAAAAGCAACAUACGAUGCUCACUUUGGACAAGGAUCAGGACCAAUUUCAAUGGGUUAUGUAGAAUGUAGUGGAUCAGAGACUGCACUGAAAGACUGUAAGUCAAACAGCCAGUAUACACAGCAGUACUGUAAAAAUCAUAAUCUUGAUGCUGGUGUCAUCUGUUCAGGACAAGGACUUCGACUUGUGGACGGGCUUCACCUGUGCUCUGGGAGAGUGGAGAUGCUUCGUACAGAAGGAUGGGGUUCAGUGUGUGACGCUGUCUUUGACCAGCAGGAUGCUGAGGUUGUGUGUAAACAGCUGAAAUGUGGGGCUCCUGUACAGGUGCUGGGAGCAGCUGCUUUUGGUAAAGGAAAAGGCCCUGUUUGGUCAGAAGAGAUUCAGUGCAGAGGAAGUGAAUCUCAGAUAGACAUCUGUUCACGAUCAUCUUCACAGAAACACAACUGUUCUCAUGACAAUGAUGUGGGAGUGAUCUGUUCUGGUUACACAGAUCUCAGGCUGGUGAAUGGUUCAGACUCUUGUUCUGGAAGAGUGGAGCUUCAGUAUCUCGAUAAAUGGGGCACAGUGUGUGAUGCAUGCUGGGAUAUGAGAGCUGCCAGUGUCCUCUGUAAACAGCUGAAUUGUGGGAUUGCUGUUUCUACUGUGGGAUCAGACUGGUUUGGAGAGGGAAGUGUUGAAAUC